AUGCGCGGCGUCGCAGCCUCCUACGAUGACAAGCCGCCCCCUCCACCACUACGAUUCAGUAGUGGAUCUGGCGGUAAGGAGCAAUCGGUGGUUGGCUUGAAACCGUUACCGAAGGAGCCGACCGAUUCUGGAAAGAAAAAGAAAAGCAUGUCGAAUCCUUUUGUUAAAAAGAAUCGCGAAAAAAAGGAGGUUCCGGAGAAACCGGUUAUCUCUGAACCUAGCAAUUUUGAACACACGGUUCAUGUUGGCUACGAUCCUGCUACGGGUGAAUUUACGGGUAUGCCGUCAGCAUGGGCACGUUUAUUAAUGGAAUCGCAAAUUUCCAAACAAGAACAACAACAAAAUCCACAAGCAGUCCUUGAUGCUCUCAAAUACUAUACUCAAGGCGAGAAUGGUUCACAGCAAAAGUGGCUGCAAUAUGAUAUGAAUGACUGCUCACCGCGGCCAUCCACUGGUGCAACAAUUGGGCUCAAAACAAUGGGCUACAGCACAUCCUCAUUACCUCAUCACUACUCCAACACUAAGCUAAAAAACUCCCCGAAGCAAUUGGCCCCACUUCCUAAGCCAUACAGUUCUUCAAAGCCGCCUUUGGUUCAAGGAUACAGUGCUGUUAGUGAGAAUCGUACAAGUAUGCCACCAAAUUAUGCUCCUCCUCCUGUACCAGAAGAUGAGGAUCCUGCUGACUGUGCAAUGCCGCCACCGAUUCCAGAUCGUCCAGCUCGCACGCUCAGCAUAUACACAAAACCGAAAGAGGAGGAGGAACGCGUACCGGAUCUGUCCCAGGGACAGUUUGGUGUACAGUCUAGGGGGGUUGCGAAGGGAAAGAGGAAAAUGACGGAUGCCGAGGUAUUGACGAAAUUGCGUUCCAUUGUGACUAUUGGCAAUCCUGACAAGAAGUAUAAGAAGAUUGAUAAGAUCGGUUCAGGAGCGUCAGGAUCAGUAUACACUGCCAUGGAGAUGAGUACAGGUGCGGAGGUUGCUAUCAAGCAGAUGAACCUCAAGGAUCAACCGAAAAAGGAGCUUAUCAUCAACGAAAUUCUCGUCAUGCGUGAAAAUAAACAUGCAAACAUAGUAAACUACCUGGAUUCUUAUUUAGUAGGAGAAGAACUAUGGGUAGUAAUGGAGUAUUUGGCCGGUGGUUCUCUUACUGACGUUGUCACGGAAUGCCAAAUGGAGGAGGGAAUGAUCGCUGCUGUAUGUCGAGAGGUUCUUCAAGCGUUAGAGUUUUUGCAUAGUCGACAUGUGAUUCAUCGGGAUAUCAAGUCGGACAACAUUUUGCUUGGAAUGGAUGGUUCAGUGAAAUUAACUGACUUCGGAUUUUGUGCGCAAAUUUCUCCGGAGCAAAAUAAACGAACAACGAUGGUUGGAACUCCAUAUUGGAUGUCACCUGAAGUUGUUACUCGGAAGCAGUAUGGCCCAAAAGUGGACGUUUGGUCUCUGGGUAUAAUGGCAAUCGAAAUGGUAGAAGGCGAACCUCCUUAUUUGAACGAGAAUCCUUUGAGGGCUAUCUAUCUCAUUGCAACGAAUGGUAAACCCGAUUUCCCUGGCAGGGAUCAAUUGUCAGCUUCAUUUAAGGAUUUCAUCGAUUGUGCACUCGAAGUUGUCGUAGAUAAUCGUUGGUCAGCCAGUCAGUUGCUCACUCAUCCGUUCCUCCGGUGUGCAAAGCCAUUGGCGUCACUUUACUACCUCAUCGUUGCCGCUAAAAAGAGUAUAGCUGCAAGUUCGUAG